AUGUCAGACUCAGAUCCGAAGGCGUUGCGAGGACGAGAGCGCAAGCUCUAUCCGUUUUUCCUUUCCUACCGCACGCGCUGGAUCGAUAACGACCAGUACUCUCAUGUCAACAACUCCAUCUACUAUCACCUUUUCGACUCCGUCGUCAACACCUACCUCAUCCAACACGCACAUCUUGACCCCUCGCGCUCCCGCCUCAUCGGCCUCGUCGUAUCCUCCUACUGCCACUUCUUCUCCCCGGUCUCAUUCCCAGUCAUACUUGACCUCGGUCUACGUGUGAUAAAGCUUGGCUCUAGCUCUGUCACAUAUGAGGUCGCUGUUUUUGAAGAGGGAAGCCAUGUGCCGAGUGCUAUUGGCGGCUAUACCCAUGUUUUUGUGGAUCGGCACACGAGGAAGAGCAGCCCGGUGGAUUCAGAUACAAAACUAGGCUUGGAAAAGUUGCUUCUGCUCAAUUCUAAAUUGUAA